CACGCAAUUAACCAAUCAAAUCAAACCGAGCGCCUGUCAUCUCCUAAACCCCAUCAAAUCCCCUUCCCGUCCAUUCAUCUUCACACAAAGCACCAGCAAACAUGAGCACUAGCGAGACCGCCACUGUCAUCCCUGUUUACGACGUCGCCCCCGGCCAGCAGGGCGCGCCCGCCGUCGACAGGGCCCCCGCACCUUCCGCGCCUCCUGCCGCAGCCGCGGCCCCUGCGGCGGCAGCCGCCAAGUCGACGGCGCCGCGCAGGUUCGCGGCCGGCCGGUUCUUCCGGCAGAGCGACCGCGGCAGCCGGUGCCUGGCGUUCCUCGACUUCCUGCUGCGGAUCGCGGCGUUCGGGCCGGCCCUCGCGGCCGCCAUCGCCACGGGCACCUCGGACGAGACGCUCUCCGUCUUCACCGAGUUCUUCCAGUUCCGCGCCAGAUUCGACGACUUCCCGGCCUUCCUGUUCUUGAUGGUGGCGAACGCGAUCGCCGCGGGGUACCUGGUGCUGUCCCUCCCGUUCUCCGCCGUCGUCGUGCUGCGGCCUCAGGCCACCGGCCUCAGGCUUCUCUUGCUUGUCUGCGACACGAUCAUGAUCGGGCUGCUGACCGCGGCAGCGGCGGCGGCGGCGGCGAUCGUGGAGCUGGCGCACAACGGGAACGAGCGCGCCAACUGGGUGGCCAUCUGCAUGCAGUUCCACGGAUUCUGCCAGCGGACCAGCGGCGCCGUCGUGGCCUCCUUCCUCUCCGUUUUCCUCUUCCUGCUCCUCGUCGUCCUCGCCGCCUUCGCCAUCAGGAAACGCUGAAGUCAGCCUCUUGCUCUGGGCAGUCUGUAUGAUACGGCUGGCUGCUGCACGUACCUCGGCUUGUUUCAUUAAUCGUGCCUGUGUCUUGCGAACAAAAUCGUGCAUGUGUUUUGUUCUGUAGUACAGUACGUACUACGCUUUUGCAUGCAUUCUCGGUUCCCAUUCAUGUACUGUAUGUAUCUCUGCUGUAUUUGUGUAAUUGUGACCACUGGCGAGUAAGUGGCAGUGCACUGUUCAUCCGUGUAUCAACAGUAGUCUUGCUUUGGAAUGCAAGGCCGUGAGUUGACCAUGAUCUUUGAAA